GGGCGUGAGGCCGGGCACGGUGAGAGCGCGUCUGUAGCUCGGUCGCUCGCUCCGAUUACUCAGCGCUAUAAAAGAACAUUUAAAAAUAAAAUCUCUUCCUUCUCGGGCCCAGAAGGGAGGAGAGUUGAGGAGAAAGUUUAUUGAAGGCGACGAUGGAGGGCGGACAGAGCGAGGAGAGGACUCCGCUGCUCCCGGGACGGCGGCGGGCUGCAGCAGCAGCCAAGCCCGGGGCGUCCGCCUUCCAGGGCAGGCGGCUGGCCUGCGCCGCCGUGCUGGUGACCGAGUCCCUGGAAAGGGUGGCCUUUUACGGCAUCACAAGCGGCCUGGUGCUCUUCCUCAACAGCGAGCCCUACAACUGGCUGGGGCCGCAGUCCAGUCAGACCCUGCUGCUCUUCAUGGGCAUCAGUUACUUCGUGUCGCCGUUCGGGGGCUGGCUGGCCGACGCCUGGUUGGGCAGGUACCCCACCAUCCUGAUCAGCAUGCUCCUCUACUUGAUCGGAAUAAUGCUUUUCCCUUUCAUUUCCUGGGACACGUCCCGCCGCCACCUCUGCGGGAAGCUGGAGUAUUAUCCAUUAAUCGACCCCCAGUGCAUCAAUAACAGCUCCAGCGCUUGUGUACUUUACCGGGAUAGUUACUGCCAGCCGAUCAUCUACACCGGACUGAUCUUCAUCGCACUUGGUGUUGGGUCUGUGAAGGCGAAUAUAACUCCAUUUGGUGCGGAUCAGGUGAAAGAUCGAGGCUCCGAAGCCACGCGACGAUUUUUCAACUGGUUCUAUUGGUCCAUCAAUCUGGGUGCCAUCGUUUCGCUGGCUGGUAUUUCAUAUAUUCAACAAAACUGUAGCUUUCGACUUGGAUACAUCAUCCUCACUGUUUGCAUGGGCAUCUCGUUUUUGGUUUUCGCAUUGGGCAAAUCAGUUUUUAUCGCCAAGCCACCGGAUGGUAGUUCCUUUACAGACUUAUUCAAGAUUCUUUUUUACUCCUGCUGUUCAAGGAAAUUUAAUCGUGACGAAGAUACCAGGGACACAGGAAUCUACCCAUCGACUAUUAAACCGGGUUGUCUGGACAUGGCCAAGAUUGUCUAUGGUGGGCAAUUUCAAGAUAAUAAAGUGGAGGAUGUGAAGAGUUUUGUCAAAAUUAUCCCAGUUUUCUUGGCUCUUAUUCCUUACUGGAUGGUUUACUUCCAGAUGCAAACCACAUAUGUUCUACAGAGUUUGCAUCUGCAGAUUCCAACAUUUUUUGCUGGGCAUAAUAACAGUAAUGUUACCAAUUCGUUAGCAAGCUGCAAUCAUCACAUGCUUCCAGCUGCCUGGUUCACCAUGUUUGAUGCAGUACUUAUUCUGGUCCUGAUCCCAGUGAAAGACAAAGUGGUGGAUCCCGUGUUAAAGAGAAAAGGUUUGCUGCCUACAUCCUUAAUGCGAAUCGCUGUCGGCAUGUUUUUUGUCAUGUGCUCUGCCGUGGCUGCUGGAAUACUGGAAGAUCAGCGUUUGCAUAGCCUCCAAAAUGGCACAAUUGAACAGCAAAUUGGGGAUGUGUGGUAUAGCGCCGCGCCUUUAUCAAUAUGGUGGCAGAUUCCACAAUACGUGAUGAUCGGGAUUAGUGAAAUAUUUGCAAGUAUAGCAGGGCUGGAGUUUGCCUAUUCAGCUGCGCCUAAAUCUAUGCAAAGUGCCAUCAUGGGUCUAUUCUUUUUCUUUACUGGUGUUGGCUCCUUUGUUGGUUCAGGACUUCUAGCCCUGGUAUCAGUGGACGGAAUAGGUUGGAUGAAUUGCAAAAGUGACUUUGGUAAUAUCAACAAGUGCCACAUGGAUUACUAUUUCUUCCUACUAGCAGCCAUACAGUGUAUGACCCUGAUCAUUUUUAUUAUUGUAUCCGUGACAUUUGAUCGCCACAAAAACAAAUCUGAUUUUCUGUUCAUCAAUGGAAGAAGACAAAAUGAAGAAGUCCGACAUAAUCAGGCCAGGAACUGAAAACGGGAACCGCUGCAUGAGAAAAUCAGUCACUAUUGAGAAAGUACUUGUAACUCCUUCCUCUGGGUAUGUAAUGGAUUGGGUGGUAUCCUUAAGCUUGCCUAUUGCAGAAUGAAACUUUAAGGCUGAGGAGUUGCCUGAAAGAGCUGUCGGAGAUAAGGCACACUACAAGUAAAUGCUGGCAGGUAAUGCAGAUCGUUAAACCAAGCUGGUAACGUUCCUGUUAGUAGGGCAGCAUAUCUUUGAGUUCUACCUUCACUGCCUAUGGCUACGGAAGGAAAUCCAGAAGGCAUAUUGGAGUCUGGUGAUGUUCCAGUGUGCAUUACACACCCUGCAGUCUUUAAAUUCAGACACCCAGUAACUUUUAGCAAAUGUCGAUACUAAGAGUAUUUCAUUGCAAAGAACUGGGUAGUU